GGCCGCCGCCGGCAGAGAGAGCGACGAGGGAGGCAGCAAGAUCCGGGCGCGUCUCGCCCCGCGCCUUCUUCCCGGCCCGGAGCGGGGCAUGAGGCGGGCGGACCCCCAAAGUGAAGACUUUGCCUCGGAGCUGCGGCUGCUGAGGCUCAGAUGCCGACUGUGAGCAGGUCACCCUAAAGAAUGGCCGAGCCUUCUGGGAACGAGCUGGCGUCCGCGGCUGCCAAGGGGGACCUAGUGCAACUCACUAAUUUGUUGCAAAAGAAUGUAAACGUCAAUGCACAAAAUGGAUUUGGGAGGACUGCGCUGCAGGUGAUGAAGCUCGGCAAUCCCGAGAUCGCUCGCAGACUGCUGAUGAGCGGCGCGAACCCCAACCUGAAGGACAGUACCGGCUUCGCCGUCAUUCACGACGUAGCCAGAGCGGGUUUCCUGGACACUUUGCAGACCCUGCUGGAGUUCCACGCCGACGUGAACAUCGAGGACGCGGAAGGCAACCUGCCGCUGCACCUGGCGGCUCAGGAGGGCCACGUGCGGGUGGUGGAGUUCCUGCUGCGGCGCACCCCGAGCCGCGUGGCG